UUCACUGGAUAGCUUUAACUGCCACGGCAAAUGAGAAAACUGAAAGGGACAUUUUAGACCAAUUGCAAUUAAAACCUCCACAAAUGUUCAAAUCGUCUACUUAUCGUGCUAAUUUAUAUUAUGAUGCUCAUAUGGUUGCCUUUAUUCGCAAAAUUCUUUUUGACGCCCGUGAAAAGCAAAAAAGGGAAGGAAAAAAGCCUCACCCAGCAAGUGGAAUUGUUUAUUGUCAAACUCGAGCAGAAUGUGAACAUAUGGUUAAUGUCUUGACUUCAGGAAAAAUUCCGGCAGAAGCUUAUCAUGCUGGGCUUAGCAAUAAGGCAAGGGAUGAAGUCCAAAAUAAAUGGAGUUGUGAUCAAUUGCCUGUAGUUGUUGCUACAGUUGCUUUUGGAAUGGGUGUAGAUAAAGCUACAGUGAGAUUUGUAAUUCAUUGGAAUCCCCCUUUAAACAUGGCUUCGUAUUAUCAAGAAUCUGGACGUGCAGGACGUGAUGGAAAGCGAAGCUAUUGCCGUAUUUACUAUUCUCGUGAAUAUCAAGGAAUGAUGAAUUUUAGAUUACAUAGUUCAAUUAAUGGAAUUAAUAGGACUAAAAGUGUCCCUGCCCAAGUAGUUGAACAACGAAAAAAAGAAAUUCAAAAAGGUUUUGAAAAAAUGAUUGAAUAUUUGGAGAAGGCAAAUUGUAGACAUGCUUAUAUUGGACGCUAUUUUGAUGAAAAUGUUGUAAAUUGUUCGAAUAAUUGUGAUUUUUGUAAAAAUCCUCAAAAAGUCAAAGAAGGAUUAAAAUGUUUGGAAAAAUUUGAGAGGGUAAAUACUAACAGAAGAGGGAUGAAUAAUAAUGAGGAAGAAGAUGGACAACUUUAUGGAGGAGGAAGAAAGCGGCUAUUAAGAGACGCUGAUUAUGAAAAUACUCGAGAAGGAGGAAUGGGCCCAGAUCCUACAAUUCAAGAACAAGAAGAGCGUCAACGUGUUCGAGAACUAGUUCAAAGUGAAUUGAGAAAAAGAAGAUUAAGUUCAUUAAAUGAAAUUCCAAAAUGGUCAGAUGCUGGAAAAGUUUUGAAGGAGGAUAAAGCAGAUAAUUAUCCUCUACUUCUUUCAACAACACAAAAAAUGCGGAAUAAAAUUCCAGGAUUGAAUUUUGAGAAACGAGAGCAAUACAGAAUUAAAAUUUGUAAUGAAUUGAGAUUAAAUGCGGCAGCAUGUGAAGCAUGGGAAAAGAUGGAUGAAGAUUUACUUGGAAAUUUAUCUGGUGUUUUGGAAGAAAGAGAAUUUUUGGGGGCUAAAUUGACAACAACUUAUGCAAAUAGAAUUGCUUCAAAGAUAAAUGAACUCAAAAAAGCAACAAAUCGUUCAGAAUUGCAUACUGAUUUACAACAGACUUGA